AUGGGCAAAGCCAAAAAAGAAAAAGAAAAAGAAAAACUCGUCAUAAACCACUACACCCUCCAGCUCCCCUCCUCAACCCAACCCCAGCAACACUCCCUCAUCCCAAAAACCUACCGAACCCUCCUCAACAUCCUCACCAUAACCCCCCUCCAACCCUUCAUCACCAUCUCCCCGCUCACAGCCCUCACCUCCCCAGCUUACGCAGACCCAGACUCAGACUACUACUCCGGCGCCCACAUCCUCCAGCUCAUCGCCUACGUAAUCGCCCACAUCACCGUCUCCUGCACAAUCUACUCCCUAACCUCCCCCGAACGCCAGGCCGUCCCGCCCAGAAUCCAACUCUUGAUCUGGGGAUACUACCAAUUCGCCCUCCUCAUCAUCGACGCGUCUCUGCUCUACAGCGCCCGAAUAUCCUGGAGUCUUCAAGGGAGCCCUGUGAACCCGGUGCGAGAAUGGCGCGGCGUGGACUGGAUCCUCGUGGCUUUCACGCUGAUGGCGGCGCUCACCAGGGUCGCGUUCCUGUUCAAGGUGGGGUUCCCCAAGCAGGUAUCGCCCGAGGAGCGACGGAAAGCUUGGGAUGAGGACAACAAGAAGUUCUGGGAUGGUGUGAAUGACGGGACCUCCAGCAUAGUAUGCAAUGGUUAA